CGUAGACGUGUUACGGUGAAGUUUUUUCUGGGAUUUGGAUUUCAAAAAUAUGGUUAACUAAUUGACAACAAUAAAAAUACUUAUUACCUGAACACAUCAAACCCCCUCCCCCUCGUAUGCAAUUUUCACCUACGCCCUUGACUUGGCCCGCGCAGUACGAAACGUACCAGCACGUCGUAUUUGUGUUAUCGUUCCUUAUCAACAAUCACGAUAUCGAUUAUUAUCGUUCGAAUUUCAGUUUCAGUUUGAAAAUUCCUUUCUACGUUUGUCCUCUAAAUUUAUCAUUUCGCCUUGUCCUGUCUCUUUGGUUAAUGACAUUUCCGAAAUUGUUUUUCAAAUUGGUCGCUGUGAGCAAACUCAGAACUCCUUGUCGUUUUCCCAUCAUGAGUACCGUGAGUUUUACGGUUGGACACAAAAACAGUUCAAUAGGCAAUGUGGACAUAUCCAAAAUGAGUGCCGCGCACGAGGCCAUUGACAAACACGUUAAAGAUGGUAUGACUUUGGGCAUUGGCAGUGGUUCGACAAUUGUUUAUGGUAUUCAGCGUUUGGCACAGAGAAUGAAGGAUGAAAGCUUAACUAUUGUUUGUGUGCCAACAUCUUAUCAAGCACGUCAACUAAUUAUUGACAACAAUUUGCCAUUGGGAACUCUAGAUGAACAUCCUAAAUUAGAUUGUACGAUUGAUGGAGCUGAUGAGAUUGAAACUGGUACUUUAGCGUGCAUUAAAGGCGGUGGUGGAUGUUUGACUCAAGAAAAAAUUGUUGCAUCAUGUUCUGAAAAACUGAUAAUUGUUGCUGAUGGAGCUAAAGAGGUUAGUUCUUUGGGUCAAAAAUGGAAGAAAGGUAUACCUAUUGAGGUACUACCUAUGGCAUGUAAACCAGUUCAGAAUAAAAUUGAAGUUAAAUAUGGAGGUGAAGCUAUUUUAAGAAUGUCAGCUGAUAAAGCAGGACCUUUGGUAACAGACAACGGAAAUUUCAUAUUAGAUUGGGUGUUUCCUGAUAUAAAAUAUUGUUGGUCUUCUAUAAACAAUUAUAUAAAACUGAUCCCAGGAGUGAUUGAAAUUGGAUUGUUCAUUGAUAUGGCUGAUGAAUGUUUGGUUGGUGACUCAAAAGGCAAUGUUCGACUAUUAAAGAAGAGUGCACAGAGUUUAGAAAUAUAGAUAUUUAGUAUAUACACAUAUGUAUAUGUUUAUGUAUUAAAUCUUAAUCGAAUUGUGAAUCAUUUUA